AUGAGGACAGCCUUGUGUUUGUGGAUCGUUAUGGCAGUGCUCUGCCCGGGAGAGGUCAGAGGUCAUAAAGGUCACGGAGGUGACCGCCACCAGGGUCAGGGGCUUGACCAGGACCAUGAUCACGGGCGCGACCACGAGCACAACCACGAACACAGGCGAGACCACAACCAUGGGCAUCAUCACCCUGAGCCCGGUGACAAUGGCACCAAACCAGUGAUCCAAGGUAACAGGGAGUUUGCCUUCAGCCUGUACAAGCAGCUGGUGGCUCAGCCCGACAACCAGGGCAAGAAUGUGUUUUUCUCCCCACUGAGUGUGUCCCUGGCCCUGGCCGCUCUGUCCGUGGGGGCCAGGGGUCAGACCCACCAGCAGCUCUUCACUGGUCUGGGCUUCAACAGCAUCUUACUGACCCAAGAACAGGUGGACCAGGCCUUCCAGACCAUACUCACACAGCUCAACCAGAAGAACGGAGUGGACCUGUCCACGGGAAGUGCACUUUUUCUGCACAACACCUUCAAACCACGCCCUGAGUUCCUCGAGGACAUGAAGCGCUUCUACCUCUCCGAGGGUUUCACUGUCGACUUCACCAACACGUCUGAGGCCAUCGACACGAUCAAUACAUUCGUGGGGGAAAAGACUCGAGGCAAGAUAGACAAGUUAGUCAAAGAUUUGGACCCAACCACUGUCAUGUAUCUCCUUAGCUACAUAUACUUCAAAGGUAAGAGGAUUUUGCAAACUAUAAGAUAAACUAAUAGUAAAAAAUAUAAUAGAGUUCACGUGUUUGAUUGAUGCAGACCUCAAUAUGUAUUUUUGUCUCUGGGUGUUGUUGGUAUUACUGAUGCCACUGUAAUUUUUGGCGGUAUCUCCUGCUGAAUCUUGUCAGGUCUCCCUCAGAUUAUAAUUUUUUUGCCUCAGAUUUACCACUUUUAGUCUGGUAACUUUUACUCAUCACACAACACCCUGAAAUAUUUUAAGAUGUUCUAUUUCUCAAGGAAAAUGGGAGAUUCCAUUUGACUCUAAAGACACAAAGGAGGACACGUUCCAUGUGGAUGACAACACCACUGUUCCGGUCCAGAUGAUGAGCAUGAAGAAGAGGUUCUCUGUCUACUACGACCAGGAGAUCUCCACCAGUAUCCUGCAGCUCCACUACAACGAGUCAGUGUCCAUGAUGCUGGCGCUACCAGAGAAGGGACUCGCUAGUCUGGAGGAGGUCAUAGGCCAGAACCACAUCACCAAGUGGCACAGGUGGAUGAAGGACAGGUAUGACCUGUCUUAAUCAGGAAGCAUCACUCUCAUAGAACUAAUGAACAUUGGGUGGGUAAAACAACCACAUAUCACAAUCAUUGCAAGUAAAAUCUUCUUCCUGUCCAAUUUUGUCUUUAGGGAAUACCAGGUGCAUGUUCCCAAAAUGUCUAUCACCACAACAUACUCCCUCAAGGACGUCCUGAGUGGAAUGGGAAUGCCGGACAUAUUCAGUAAUAAAGCUGACUUCAGUGGAAUAUCAGAGGAUCUGAAGGUGGCUGUCUCAGAGGUAGGGAACACUUUCACUCUCAGUGAUUCAUAAAGACAUGAAAUUGCACAAUGUCUUAAUGGCUGUCAAUCAAUUCUUCGAUGAAAUAUUAUAUAUUUUGGCCUCAAUAUUGCUGUUAUUUUCAAUUAGUUCACUUUUUCAGGGAGCCUCUGAAAGCUCUCUGUGGCUCCCCAGGGGUCCCAGGAGAAGCACUGCUCCAUAACAUACUGUAUGUACGCGCUAUGUGAACCAUGUGAACUAGGCCUAUGUACUAUACAUCAGACUGCAUUGUGGGGUUGUUUUCAGGUGGUGCACCAAGCCUCCUUGGAUGUGGAUGAGGCUGGAGCGACUGCAGCAGCUGCUACAGGUGUGGUCGUCAUGCCCCUCUCCUUCCGACGCACCCCUGUGUUGAAGUUCGACCAUCCGUUCAUGGUCAUUGUCAUGGACCGGGAGACCAAGAGUAUUCUCUUCAUGGGCAAGAUCAUCAACCCAGCCAACAAAUAA